AUGUCAUACAAAGAGAAACCUGGAAAUGUUAUUUGUAAAAUGUUUCCUGUAGAGAAUUACUUACAACUACAUUCCAUGAGGUUUGCCAUAGAGGAGAUUAACAAUAAUCCAGAAUUACUCCCCAAUACAACACUGGGCUUCAAGAUUUAUGAUUCUUGUGCUUUGCUGCAAACAGAGUUGGAGGGAACUCUUUGGAUGGUAACUGGGCAGAAUAAAGCUGUAGCCAAUUUCCAGUGCCAAGAAAAAGAACAAAUGGCUGCCAUUAUUGGACACUCUAUCUCCACUUACUCUAUUCUAAUGGCCCAUAUCCUGGGACUAGCAAGAUACACACAUGUAAGGGAGAUCAAACUAGAAAUCUGGAUCACUAUAAGCCACUUCUCAACCAGUUCUCUGUUAAGUGAUCGGACACAGUUUAAAUCUUUUUUCAGGACUGUUCCCAGUGACAGUUUCCAGUCCCAAGGGCUGGCCCAAUUGGUGCUGCAUUUUGGAUGGACUUGGGUUGGACUUGUUGCUGUUGAUAAUGAUUAUGGUCAACAAGGUAUUCAGGUCAUCAGACGGGAGAUCCAAAAAUCUGGUGCUUGCGUGGCUUUUACAGAGUACAUUCAGAGCAGUCGGCCUGAUUAUAACACCCCAUAUAUUGUUAAUGUUAUUAAAGAAUCAACUGCUAAGGCUGUAGUUGUUUUUUCUACCGACCUUAGCUUGAUGCCCCUUUUUGAUGAGAUUUUGAAACAGAAUGUUACUGGGAGGAUAUGGAUAGCUAGUGAAGCUUGGGCAUCUUCUGCAUAUUUGUAUGCAGAAAAAUACUCUAGAAUCCUUGUAGGAACCAUAGGUUUUGCAUUCCACAGUGAGACAAUGCCAGGUUUCUAUGAAUUUAUUGGGCAAAUUCAGCCAUAUGACUUACCAGGAGAGGCAUGGACAAAAAUGUUCUUAGAAGAAACUGUCGGAUGUGCCCUUUUCAAUUUUAAAAAUUACCCAUUACUUUGGGACAGGCCAAAAAAAAAUUGCACAGAUGUGGCAGUAAACUUUCAGAGUAUAUUGAGAAAUUCACCCAACAUAAGAAUUUCAUAUAACUUAUACAGUGCUGUGUAUGUUAUAGCCAAAGCAUUGCAUGACCUGAGUCUUUGCAAAAUAGGAAAAGGACCAUUUUCUAAUAACAGCUGUUCGAGCCUAUGGGAUUUCAAACCAUGGCAGCUUUUAUACUACAUGCAGAAAGUGAGAGUAAGGCUGAGCAGUGGAAGGCAGAUCUACUUUGACAAAAAUGGAGACCCUCCUGCUGUGUAUGAUAUUGUGCAAUGGAAGCUGGAUCCAGAAGGUAAACUGAAGCUAAUUAAUGUGGGAAGUUAUGACACAUCAGCAACUGAUGGAAAAACAUUGAACAUCAAUAUCAGUGCCAUGUUGUGGAAUACUGGAGACCAAAAGGUCCCUCAUUCUGUAUGCAGUGAGAAAUGUCUGAUGGGUUUUAGGAAGGCAGUUAUAAAAGGAGUGCCUGCCUGCUGCUUUAAUUGUGUCCCAUGUGCCCAAGGAGAAAUUGCCAAUCAAACAGACUCAGGAGAAUGCUACAAGUGUCCAUGGAAUUCCUGGCCUAGCUACCAAAAAGACAAAUGCCUUCCAAAAUCCAUUGAAUUCCUAUCUUAUGAAGAACCAUUGGGGACUGCUCUGGCUGGCAUAAGCGUAACAUCUUCCAUAAUUCCUGUAGCUGUUCUAGCACUACUGAUCCACUACAAGACCACACCUAUUGUUCGUGCAAACAAUUAUAUCCUAAGUUGUCUUCUUCUAGUCUCAUUGACACUUUGCUUCCUGUGCUCAUUGUUUUUCAUUGGCUAUCCCAACCCUGAGAAAUGUCUCCUGCGCCAAAUGGCAUUUGGUGUAGCCUUUGCCUUCUGUGUCUCAUGUAUCUUGGCAAAAACCAUCAUGGUAGUGAUUGCUUUUAAGGCUACUAAACCACACAGUGUCUUGAAGAGGUGGACCAGUCCAAGGUUUUCAUACUCAAUUAUUGGGUUGAGCACUGUGCUACAGUUUGUGAUGUGUAUUAUAUGGCUAGCUCUCUAUCCUCCCUUUCCUUUCUACAAUUCAAAGACUGAAUCUUCAGUUAUUAUACUUGAAUGCAAUGAAGGCUCUUCCAUGGCUUUCUGGUGCAUUUUAGGAUAUUUGAGCUUCCUGGCUACUAUAAGCUUUUUAGUUGCUUUCAUUUCUAGAAAGCUUCCAGGCAGCUUCAAUGAAGCUAAAUUCAUUACAUUCAGCAUGUUGGCCUUCCUCACAGUUUGGGGAUCUUUUAUUCCAGCAUACCUUAGUGCCACUGGAAAAUAUAUGGUUGCCAUGGAGGUCUUUGCUAUUUUGUCCUCUAGCUGGGCCAUGCUUUCUUGUAUGUUUGCUUCUAAGUGUUAUAUUAUUUUAUUCCAACCCAAAAUGAAUUCAAGACAACAUCUUAUGGGGAGGACAAAAGUUCAGACAAUACAAAAAUAA